UUUGGCGCCACUGGGCAUAAGUGUUGUGAGUUUUGGUCAGUGAAUGCAAAUUUCAGUUCUCAACAAACACUUGACUAGGAAAUAGGUAUAGCCUUGUGACCUAACAAUGGCAGAGACCAUCAAUGCCAUGGAUAUCGACAGCGACGACAACACUUUCUCUGCAAGCCUCGACAAGGCUAAAAUUGUGAUGGUGGGCAACCUUCCCGCCGGCAAGGCCAUUCCGUGGGUCGAAAAAUACCGCCCUCAGUCCCUCGACGACGUGGCUGCUCACCGUGACAUCGUGGAUACCAUUGAUAGGUUGACCACUGAGAACAGAUUACCUCAUCUUCUAUUGUAUGGUCCUCCUGGCACGGGCAAAACAUCUACUAUUCUUGCUGUGGCUCGCAAACUAUAUGGUUCACAGUACCGUAAUAUGAUUUUGGAGCUCAAUGCAUCGGAUGACCGAGGAAUUGAUGUUGUGAGACAGCAGAUUCAAGAUUUUGCCAGCACUCAGAGCUUAUCAUUUGGUGUUAAGUCCUCUGUAAAACUGGUCUUGUUAGAUGAAGCAGAUGCCAUGACAAAGGAUGCCCAAUUUGCAUUACGUAGAGUAAUUGAGAAAUAUACAAAAAGCACUAGGUUUGCACUUAUUUGUAAUCAUGUAAACAAGAUUAUUCCUGCACUGCAAUCAAGAUGCACUCGUUUUCGGUUUGCCCCUCUUGAUACUGUCCAUGUCACUGAAAGACUGAAACAUGUUAUUAAGGCUGAAGGGCUUGAUGUUCAAGACAGUGGCUUAGCAGCUCUUGUUCGACUUAGCAAUGGUGAUAUGAGGAAGGCUUUGAACAUUCUUCAGUCAACACAUAUGGCUUCUCAGCAGAUUACAGAAGAAGCUGUUUACCUGUGCACUGGCAAUCCUUUGCCAAAAGACAUUGAGCAAAUAUCUUACUGGCUUCUAAAUGAACAGUUUGCAGAUAGCUUUAAAAGGAUACAUGAAAUGAAGACCGGAAAAGGAUUGGCCCUGGUAGAUAUUGUGAGAGAAGUGACAAUGUUUGUUUUUAAGAUUAAGAUGCCUCCAGCUGUUCGAGUACAGUUGAUGAAUGAUUUGGCAGACAUAGAGUACAGGUUAAGUUUUGGGUGCAAUGAUAAGCUUCAGCUUGGAUCGGUUAUUGCUUCUUUUACACGUGCUAGAUCUGCCCUGGUUGCAGCUGCUACAUAACCUACUUAUGAAUCCGAUUCACUGGGUGUCAUUGCUAUCACAACCACUUACCGUUAGGCUUGGCUUGUUUAAUUUCCCCGGCAACGUUACUAUUGAGAAUGGAAUUAGGAGGAUCUCCUUGGUGUAAAGAAAGUAACUGUUUAUCUACUUUUUCUUAUUAUUAUUUAAGAUUAUUUUUUCGCUUUCAAGUAUUUUCCCAAAAUUCUGAAGUAGGAGUAGGACAUGCUUUAAAUUUCACUGCCUUCAUAUUUACUGCUGUUUAAGAUGACACCGUUAGGUUUGAAAGUUAAGGUCAAAUAGCUGUUAUGACAUAAAAAAUGAGAAGUCUCGGAUAAUUGACAGUAGCUUAAAUUUUGCUUUGAAAAUGAGAGCCGUAAAUGAAAGCAUGUUC